AUGCCCUGGAACCCUAGGAUCAUGCUAUCCUGCUUGGCUGCGGUGGCUUCCGGAAAGCUUGGCAGCAGCGGCGGUAGCAGCUCGGACAGCGGCAGCGCACCUCUGAGCGGUCCCAAUAUUCCCCACCGUGUGGAGUGCCUCGUCAGGGCGCUCCUCAUAGCCGGGCGCCAGCUCGGUGAAGGCUUGGCAGAGCAGUACCGCCCGGUAUUGGACGGCUUGUAUGACCAGCUUGCCGUGCACAAGUCCCUAGUCCCAUCGGAUCUUUCACCGGAUGUCCAAGCGCUGCUGUCACAGCUGUUCGAGCUGCGGAGUGGAGGCUGGGCUGUCAGCAAUAGCAUGGCCAUGGGCACGGCCACCUCGGGAUCGGGAUUGACACGGACCAACGGCAUGCCGGGCAGCAGUAAGAACGGUUGCCCGCCGUCUAGGGUGCCGUUAACAGCAGCAGCAGAGGCGGCAACAGCGACGGCGGCGUCCACAGCAUCGAAAUGGGGAAAAGGUAGCACCUCUGGUGUUGUGGUGGUGCACAGAUCCUCGGGCCGGCUGGUCAUGGCUGCACCAGGGUCGGCGGCUGCAGCUGCCGCCACCGCCACCGCGACCACAGCCUCAACCUCCUCGUCCUCCUCAUCGCAGAACAGUAGCCCACCACCUCCCCUGUCGUCCCCGUGCGACAGUGGCCUGGUCGAGGUGUCCGGAGGGAGCCCGGCAAUGGAGGUGUUGCUGCGGCAGCAGCAGCUUCUGGGUGGCAGUAGCAGUAACAGCCUGCAUUCUAGGGCCGCCAGUCAAAGCCAGAACCUGGAAGGGCUGUGGGAGCUGACUCCGGACACGUACAGCGACGUGCGGGGCCAGCUGCUGCUGCAACCGGUGGCGAAUUCGCCGGCGACGCUUGAGGCCAUGGCAGACGAGCUCGUGGAGAGCGCGGUGGCGGCCUCGGGUGGAGACCCCAGGUGCCCCUGCUGGGGCCUACGGACACCACCGCAGCAGGAAGCGCCGACAGGAGGCGGCGCGGUUUCUGACAGCGAGGUGGGAGAGGCUGCGGUCGCAGCAACAAAGCCGCCGCCGUUGACGGAUGCGGAGUGGACGGAGCUGAUGCAGCAGCAGUGGGCCGCGCAAUUCGCGGCGUGCGACAUUUACGUGCGGCUCUGCGUUGACGCUCUUCAACAGAUGUGCGCGGUCACGCCGUCGACCCGCAGUCCGGAGAUUGCGCCGCCUGCGGGUGACACUGGCUCAAGCGGCGGAACGAGCGGCGCCGGCCCGCGGACGACUGCCUCCCAAGUCGGAGGCGCAGCAACAGAGGCUGCCGGCAGCAUCACCGCAUCUUCAGCUUCUACCGCUGUGGCUGGCGAUACUGGGCGCGCAUUCCGUCGUGCGCUUCUCUCCGCCGCGCAGACCCAUUUUGAGCGCUGCCUUGCGGCGUUGCUGCCGGUGCCACCAUCACCCGCGCCGAACGCGCUGUCGCGGUCGUCCAGCCAGGCAGCGAUGAGCACGGCAACAACGCAGUCAUCGGAUCCGGUUCCAGCGGGUGCUCCGGAUGUUGCCGCCGUGGCCCCGCCGCGCCGUGCCUGGGGCGACAUGCCGGCAGUGGCACCCGACGCCGCGGCGGCGCUGCCGCGCGCUCGCGGCAUCUGCCACCUGUUGUUGGGGCUGCUGCGCCACGGCAUCCUCACACCGCGGAUCGUGCUGCAUUGCGCGGCGGCGCUGGUGGACGGUGCGGCGGGCGGAUCCGUGCUAUGCCUGCAGUGCGCAUGCAUCUUGUUAGCCGGGGCCGGCAAGCAGUCUGGCAUGUUCAAGAUGGCCGAGGCGGCAGCAUUCGAGUCCAUGGUGAAGCGGCUACAGAGCCUGGUGGAGGCCGACAAGGCCACCCCGGGGUCAACUGCCGUCAACGGCAACGGCGCCGUGGACCGCACCAUUGCUGCGGGCGCCGCGGACCGCACUGGCAGCUGCAGCAACGACGCCACCGUCCACAGUACCAGCGGCAGCCAGUCCACCGACGCUGCGAGCGGUCACGGGCUGGAAUUCCGCCAGCGCUUCGUGUGUUGGCUGGUGACGGGGCUGCGAGCGAGGCAGUGA